UACACAUUCGCCAAGCCUCGCAUUAAUUGCACUCUCCGAACGAAAUGCCAGGUCUUGAAUUCAUCUAUAUAUUGACGUCAAAAUCCGCCGCCCCCAAAAGUCUUUCGGGGUUCGUUCAGCCGUUAGGAUUUCUCGCCAAAAGGUCUCUUCGAUUUGUUGAUUACCUACCCAUCAAUUCGAGAACUCAAGCGAACCAGUCAACAUGAAAUCCUCAACUCUCAUCCUCGGCUCCUCGCUUUUGGGCCUGUCAAUUGCCCAAUCAAGCUUUUCCGACGAAGCAGGAAGCAGAAUCCUGCCUUCCCGUCGAGGAUGUCAAGUCCCGGACGAUGGAAGCACACCACUCCUCACGCCUCGGCAAAUCCGCCGUCAACAAAACAGCACAUUCCCCGAGAGCAUCACCGUCCCUGUGAACUUCCACAUCGCCAGCACAGAGGUGGAUGCGGAUCUCAUAACCGAAGAUAUCGCAGCUGCUCAGUUUCAAGUCCUGUACGACAAUUACUUACCACACAAUAUCCAUUUGGUAUUGAACUCUACGUCUCGUGUAAUCGAUAACUUGACUGGCUCGUCGUUCUUUGUGAAUGAGGCGCCGCCGGGUGAGUAUAAUUAUGUGGAUCAUCCGAAGGAGAGGGAUGCGUAUCAUAGGAGGACGAGGAGGGGUGGGAUUGAUGCGUUGAAUAUUUAUUUUUAUUCGGAGUAUCUUCCAGGAGCGACGGGGUAUUGUCAGUUCCCAACCAUCAAUCCCCUCACCGAAUCCGACGCAGACUUCUGGACCGACCUCUGCGAAAUCAGCGGCCGAACCAUGCCCGGCAUCCCCGUCGAGACCGCAAACCCAGAAUGGAACCUCGGCCACAUCGCCGUCCACGAAGCUGGCCACUGGUUCGGUCUGAACCACACUUUUGCUGGCGCCUGUGGAGCGGUAGGUGAUUAUGUUGCUGAUACGCCGGCCCAGAAAUGGGAUGUUUAUGGAUGUCCUGUUGGGGAGGAUACGUGUCCGGAUUCGCCGGGGUUGGACCCUAUUCAUAAUUUUAUGGGGUAUACGGAUGAUAGUUGUACUUCUGAAUUUACCCCAGGACAGAAGGAGAGGAUGUUUACUCAGUUUCUCACUUACAGACGCCGUUAGAGGGAACUUUGCUCGGAAGUAAACAAACGCCUGAAAUCUGCUUUUGGCAUAUAGGUAACAAACGGACGAAUCUGACACCACGAGGUUUCAAUGCUAUAAAAAAAAUUAAAAAUGUACAUAGUAUAUGCCAGAACUGUAUGAAGAUCGUCUAUACAGGACGAGUAUCAAAAUAAUUCUAACAUCGCUCUUCAACUCC